CAAUCGAUUCGAAUAGAACACAAUGGUCGUGUUUACUUCAUUUGCGAUGCCAGAGUCUCCAGUGCAUUUAGAGCAGCGAAAUACAAAAGUUGUGUUAGACAAACGCGAGAUUGGAAGUGGAACUUUAUUCGUUAGUGAAAGAACACUCUGCUGGCGGGAUGGGGAAGUCGGGUUUUCGUUGUCGUACGCAAAUAUUUCUCUGCAUGCUAUCUCAAAUGAUGCCAAUCUCUAUCCAAGUGAAUGCAUUUACAUCAUGAUUGAUCAACAUGUGCAAAUGCCAGGAGUCAACUAUGAAGUCCCAGCUGCUGUCAGUGAUGAGGAUAGUGAUGCUGAAUCUGAAGCAGACAUUUCAGAACUUAUUUUAGUUCCUGAAGAUAACACAAUGAUCAAACUUGUUUAUGAAGCUAUGAGAGAAUGUCAGGCAUUAAAUCCAGACCCAGCAGAUAUGGAUGAUGAAGAAGACGAAAUUUAUGAAGAUGCCGACAACGAGCCCAUCUCAAAUGAUGAUGCCGGCGCAGGCGGUGAUUAUGUUGCACAAAUGGUUAACGAGAUGAACACAAUGAACGUGGCAUACGACUACAGCAACGGCGACCAUAACGAUGAGAUUUUCGAAGAUGCUGACUAAAUCUAAAUAGCUGCCACAUCAGUCAUCUUCAGCUUGGAAUCAACAAUUGCAGCUGCAAUUUCUGAAAUAUACUUUGACAAGUUCAAUGUGGACAUAUCCUUCAGGUAGGCAUCAAUCUGUGUGGACGUGAAGUUUUUGAUUUUCUUGACAAAUGUCGUGUUCUUCUUGAGACUGGAAUCCAGUUUCGAGAAGUACGACUCGCUCGGUCUUGUGUUGGGUGCAUUUUGAUUAACGUUACGCGUUUCGGCCUUGGAGGUUAUGCGCUCGUUUGUUUCCUGUAUGAAUGUGUCGAGCAGUUUCAGCCCGUCUUCGGCGUUGUCGCUUGUCGAUUGCUUUGCGGACAAUGCGUCGUCCACUUGCUCUGGUAUUGUCAUCGCAAAAUUAUUCAAUGAUGAAAUGGAUAAAAACACUGACUAAAAUAUUCAUUACUAUUUUGUUUUGAGGGUUUGCUGACUUUGACGUGUAGACAUAUGACAUUUGUUGCGCAUACGCCGAAAACAUGACGCAAAGUUCGAAAUAUUACACAGGGCCAGAUGCAAAAUGUUAUAAUGUAAAACUUAGAACAAGUAGAUUAUUUUGGUUUCUUUUGUAAAUAUUCUUUAAGAAAUAUACAUGUGUAUUA